CGAGAUAAAGAAUUUGUUUUUUUUAUCUCGAUGUCUAAACUUUAACAUCUUGUCUGUUACCAGAUAUUAUUUUGAACUUUAUAAGUUAUAUAACUUAUAAGUUAUAACAAUAAAUACUUUACAUUCCUAAUUUUUGGAUUACCCGAUUUCUUGAAACUAAUUAAAUUUUAUUCGAACAAAGGUUUAGAUAUAUAUACCAAAAAGUUGCUAGUAAUUCAUUAGCUGCUUAUUUCUCCUACAGUGACAACUGAUCACAUUUAUAACUUAAAGCGAAGUUUAAUUGAUAUAAGUAUUGUAACUGAGCAAAUUAUGAAGCCUAUUAGUGAAAUGAGAGCUGUGAAAACCACCGAGUCGAAUUACAUCAAGCCAUUUUCUUUGAUGUUUAAACAAGGAGAGAAAGACAUUAAAUGGGAUUUGAUGGAUAGCCACGAUAGUGUUUUUAUUAUAAUUUACAACAGAAACAGAAAUACUUUAGUAUGUGUGAAGCAAUUUCGACCGGCUGUAUACUAUAAAAGUAUUCCAGCUUUUGAUAGACCUGCAGAAGGACCAAUUGAUACUGAGAAGUAUCCACCUACAAAUGGGUUAACAGUAGAAUUUUGUGCUGGUAUUGUAGACAAAAACAAAUCCUUAGAAGAAAUAGCUGUUGAUGAAGUACGAGAAGAAUGUGGCUACGAAAUCAAAGUUUCAGAUUUACAAAAAAUCAUUAGUUGCAAAUCCGGCUUAAGCAUUACUGGAACAACUCAAACAUUUUUUUACACAGAAGUGACUGAUCAUAUGAAAGUUUCUGAUGGAGGUGGCGUUGAAAAUGAAGGAGAAGACAUUGAAGUUGUGGAAUACACUAUUCCGCAAAUAAGAGAUAUUGUUACACAAUCCGAUGUAUUAAAUGGAUCAACUAGUUUUCUUUUUGGCCUAAUGUGGUUUUUAACAAAUAAAAUAGUCCUUAACAUGUGAUAAAAUAUUAUUUAUAUUAAAAAUAAUAUAUUUAUAUAUAAUAGUAAUAUGUAUAAUUCUUUAGUUUUUAUUUUACAACACAUCUUAUAUUCUACAUUUCAUUGUUUAUUUUUGCAGAGACCCAAGCUAGACCCCAUUUUAAAUUGGUUAACAUAAAUUUCAGUGCUUUCGUCCAACCUUCUUCAGAAUUAAGCUGUAUUCUGUAAUAAAAUAAGUUAAUCUGUAUUUAAGGCUUUAUUAAUAAAAAAAUGUUGAUCUUAA